CCUGUGCACAUCACCCACUUCAAUGGAGCAGCAAGAGCACUUUCAUUCCAUGGAGAAUACUGUACUGUACUACAGUAACUAAUCCCCAUGAAUGAAAUCCACAUCGGCUCGGUCAACGGCAAAAAUAGAAGCAAGCACUAACCAACCCGGAUUGGCCUGCAGACUGCCAAGUCUGACGCCUAAUUUGUAAUUUGUUCUUCAUCCAUCUGUUUCUAAGCUUCUUCUUCAGCUCGCCAAUCAGUCAGUCUGUCCGUCACUGUCUGUUCUUCAGGCGCCUUUGAGGCCACACCAAUCCGUCCGGGCACAAAAACGCCUGCUUCAUGUGCGCCGAGCUCGACUCGGAAUCCGAUCCCCCACCCAACUCCAUGCUCCGAUUCCUCCUCCCUUCUCUGCUCCGACUCCGACCACCACCACCUCUGCUGCCAGCCCCGUCCUACAUAUAAAUCCCUCCGUCAUCAUCGUCAACCGCAGCGUUGGGCCGCUCAACAAACGCAGCCACCGCCGCCGCCGCCACCACGACACCAACCAUAUAAUCGCCUGCCCAAGUCCCAACCUUUUCCGACCCAGCCAGACACCACCACCACCGUCGUCUUCCUCGCCAUGGCCCCCGCGGCGAGCGCGAGGUUCCCACCGGUGUCAUCCUACGACGCGUCCGCACGCACCCGCCGAACCGCCGCCGCGGACCUGGACGGCACGCUGCUCGCGUCCUCCUCGGCGUUCCCCUACUACUUCCUCGUGGCGCUCGAGGCCGGCUCGUGCCUCCGCGCGGCGGCGCUCCUCCUCGUGGCUCCGCUCCUGCUAGCGCUCUACACGCUGGUGUCCGAGGCGGCGGCCAUCGCGCUGCUGGCGUUCGUCACGUUCGCGGGGCUGCGCGUGCGCGACGUCGAGGCCGUCGCCCGCGGCGUCCUGCCGCGGCACUACGCGGCCGGCGUGCGCGCCGACACCUGGACCGUGUUCCGCGGCUGCGGCGAGGGGAGGAGGGUCGUCGUCACCGCGUCCCCCGCCGUCAUGGUGGGCGAGUUCGUACGCGAGUUCCUUGGUGCUGAGGUCGCUGGCACCGAGCUCGAGACCUUCUCCGCGUUCGGCGCCGCCAGGUUUACGGGGAGGAUCAAGGCCGUGCUCGUCGGGGAGAGGAAGGCGGAGGUCGUCCGGCGGCUCUUCGCCGGUGGGGAGAUGCCCGACGUCGGGCUUGGGGACCGCGAGAGUGACCAUGACUUCAUGGCCAUCUGCAAGGAAGCUUACAUGGUGCCUCCGGACAAGCGCGCGGCGCGUGCGGCCGCCGACACGCUGCUGUCCCGCUCCGUCUUCCACGACGGCCGCCUCGUCCAGCGCCCGGACCCGGCGCAGGCGCUGUUCGCGCUGGCCUACCUCCCGCUGGGCUUCCUGCUGGCGCUGUUCCGCGUCUUCUUCAACCUCAUGAUGCCGCUACGCCUGGUCCGCCACACGUACCGCCUGACGGGGAUCCGCCUCCGCGUCCGGGGCACGCCGCCGCCGCCCCCGGCGCCGGGCGCCCCGGGUUCGCUGCUGGUCUGCAACCACCGCACGGCGCUGGACCCGAUCAUCCUGUCCGUGGCGCUGGGUCGCCCCGUGUCGUGCGUCACGUACAGCGCGAGCCGCCUCUCGACGGCGAUCUCGCCGAUCCGGGCCGUCGCGCUGUCCCGGGACCGCGCCACCGACGCGGCGCGCAUGGCGGCGCUGCUGGCGGAGGGCGACGUCGUCGUGUGCCCCGAGGGGACCACGUGCCGGGAGCCCUGCCUGCUCCGGUUCUCGGCGCUGUUCGCCGAGCUCACGGACCGGAUCGUGCCCGUGGCCAUGGAGGCGCGGCAGGGCACCUACUACGGGUCGACGGCGAGGGGGUGGAAGUGGCUCGACCCCUACUUCUUCUACAUGAACCCGCGGCCAGGCUACGACGUCACGUUCCUGCCGCCGCUGCGGCCGGAGGAGACGUGCGGCGCCGGCGGGAGGAGCGCCGUCGACGUGGCUAACCACGUGCAGAGGGUCAUCGCCAAGGAGCUCGGGUUCCAGUGCACCACGCUCACCAGGAAGGACAAGUACAUGAAGCUCGCCGGCAACGACGGCUCGGUCGCCGCCAGGGCUAAAAAGGACGCCGCCGAUGAUAACGCUGCCACGGUCACCACCACCAAGAAGUUUGUAUGAAGAGAUCGAUUAUAUAUAUUGGCAACCUAGCUCGACUAUAUCGGAGCAGCAUUGUACUGACGUAAAAAAAAAAAAAACAUGCAUGCACAAAAGGUCUAGUUAGGCUUAUGUAUAUUGGAGUAUCGUGUUCUUUUAUUUAUACUACGUAUACGUAGAAAGAAUGGACGAGUGAAUGGAGUCCAAUUUUAAAGGCGCAAUUUAUAUAUGAUUAUGAUUA